GUUGACUCUUGCUAAUUUCUUCUCAAACACUUUUCGCAAGAAGUGUGGAGGAGAGCACGGAGCGGCUCCUGGUGGUUUGUUCAGCUUUUAGCGGUGUCUCGGAACCGAACAAGAGCAGCAUGUGGACGUCACGUCCACGGAAAGAGCAGGCGAGCCCUGCUCCGGGCACGAGCUUCUAAGCAUGCUGGCCAAGGCUCCGACCACGACCAGCAGCAUCAAUCUGGUGAACGCAGAAAGCACGGACCCCGCAGCGGACGCGCAAGACGGAAUUAAGAUGGCCGACCUGGUGGAGAGCUUGGACACCAGAGAGCUGGACUUUGACGAGGGAGAGGAGAUGGACUAUGAGGGAAGCUGCCUCGGGGACUGCCGCAUCCCGUUUUCGGCGGUGUAUGCCACGGUGGGCUUCAAGGAGGCCAGCGCCAAAGUCUUCCUUCCCACCGUGCCCAUCACCGCCCGCAUCCUGGAGGUGGAGCGCUUCACCACCGCGCAGGACCGCUUCAACGUGUCGCACCACAGGAGCGUCAACAAGUCCCUCCCCGCCGUGUUCAAGAUCGAGAUGAAGCACGGCGAGUUCACGUGGGUGGUGAAGAGGAAGGAGAAACACUUCAUGGAGCUGCACAGAGAGCUGAGGACCUACAAGACCUUCAUGCGGAUACCUCUGCCGUCACGCAGUCACACGGUGAGGAGGAGGACGGUGAGGAAGAGUGAGGUGAGGGAGAUGCCCUCGCUGCCCAGGGGGGGAGGAGACGAGCUGGUGCGGGAUGAGCAGGUCUCCAGCAGGCGGAGACAAUUAGAGGACUAUUUGAACAAGCUGCUGAAGAUGGCCUUGUACCGCAAAUAUCACCACACUAUGGAGUUCAUCGACGUCAGCCAGCUGUCGUUCGUUCACGACCUGGGGCCCAAAGGACUGGAAGGGAUGAUUCAUAAGCGCUCGGGGGGCCACCGUAUCCCCGGGUUGAACUGCUGUGGUCACACAAAAGCCUGCUACCGCUGGUCCAAGCGCUGGCUGGUGGUGAAGGACUCCUUCCUGCUGUACAUGAAGCCCGACUCGGGGGCCAUCUCCUUUGUGCUGCUGGUGGACAAAGAGUUCAGCAUCAAGAUGGACUCCAAAGACACCGAGACCAAACAUGGAGUCAGGAUUGACAGUUUGUCCAGGACUCUGGUGUUUAAGUGCAGCAGCUACAGACACGCCCGCUGGUGGGGCCAGAGCAUCGAGAGCUUCGUGAGGAGCCACGGGAAGGCCUUCCUCCGAGAUCACCGCUUCGGCUCGUUUGCGCAAGAACAAGAAAACAUUCCCGCCAAAUGGUACGUGAAUGGAAAAACCUACAUGGAGGACGUGGCUCACGCCUUGGAGGAGGCGAGAGAGGAGAUCUUCAUCACGGACUGGUGGCUGAGUCCGGAGAUCUUCCUGAAGAGACCUGUGGUGGAGGGAAACCACUGGAGACUGGACUGCAUCCUCAAGCGUAAAGCGCAACAAGGAGUGCGCAUCUUUGUGAUGUUGUACAAAGAGGUGGAGCUCGCGCUGGGCAUCAACUCGGGCUAUAGCAAGAGAACUCUCAUGCACCUGCACCCCAACAUUAAGGUGAUGCGCCAUCCGGACCACGUGUCCUCCUCCGUCUAUCUGUGGGCGCACCACGAGAAGAUCGUCGUCGUCGACCAAUCGGUUGCCUUCGUGGGCGGGAUCGACCUGGCGUACGGUCGCUGGGACGACCGGGAGCACCGCUUGACGGAUGUCGGCAGCGUGACGCGCUCGGUGGCGCUUGAACAGGUCGCCAACGUGCCAUCCGGCAAGGCUCCGGCGCCCCCCGUCGACGGCAUCUCCCACAGCAACGGACGAGGGACGCCCACCGGCGACCCUGUGGACCUCCCCAGGCUUAAGGGCGUCGGUCGCAGCAGGCGGGCUCGCUUCAGCUUGUACCGACACCUGCACAAACACACUCUGCAGCACGCCGACAGCGUCAGCAGCGUGGACAGCUCUGGGAGCGGCUCGGUGCAAAGCUUCAAGACGGGGGUCGGAGAGUUGCAGGGAAACACCCGCUUCUGGCAUGGAAAAGACUACUGCAACUUUGUCUACAAGGACUGGAUCCAGCUGGAAAAACCUUUUGAUGACUUUAUCGACCGGUACACCACCCCCAGGAUGCCGUGGCACGACAUCGCCUCAGCGGUCCACGGCAGAGCGGCCCGCGACGUGGCGAGGCACUUUAUUCAGCGUUGGAACUUCACCAAGAUCAUGAAGCCGAAGUACCGCUCCUUGUCUUAUCCGUUCCUGCUGCCAAAGUCUCACUCCAGCGCCCAGGAGCUCAGAUACCAAGUCCCCGACUGCGUUCACGCCAAAGUGCAGGUCUUGCGCUCAGCGUCCGAUUGGUCGGCCGGCAUUAAGUACCACGAGGAGUCCAUCCACAACGCCUACAUCCAAGUCAUCGCCAAGAGCAAACACUACAUCUACAUCGAGAACCAGUUCUUCAUCAGCUGUGCCGACAACAGGACGGUGUACAACAAAAUCGGAGACGCCCUCAUCGAAAGGAUCAUCCGAGCGCACAAGGAGGGGAAGAAGUACCGAGUGUACGUGGUGACCCCCCUGCUUCCUGGCUUCGAGGGCGACAUCACCACCGGGGGAGGGAACGCCAUCCAGGCCGUCAUGCACUUCAACUACAGAACCAUGAUCCGAGGAGAGCACUCCAUCAUCUCCCAGCUGAAAAAAGAGAUGGACGACCACUGGAUGAACUACAUCUCCUUCGCUGGUCUGCGGACACACGCCGAGCUGGAAGGCCGCCUGGUGACGGAGCUCAUCUACGUCCACAGCAAGAUGCUCAUCGCUGACGACAACACCGUCAUCAUCGGCUCGGCCAACAUCAAUGACAGAAGCAUGCUGGGUAAACGAGACAGCGAGGUGGCGGUCAUUGUGGAGGACACGGAGAAGGUCACCUCCGUGAUGGACGGAAGGGAGUUUGACGCCGGCCCGUACGCACUUCAGCUUCGGCUGGAAUGCUUCAGGACGAUCCUUGGCGGUCACAGCGACACCAGCAUUGAUCUCUCCGACCCGAUCAGCGACCGCUUCUACAAGGAGGUGUGGAUGACCACGGCCGGCCGCAAUGCCACCAUUUAUGAGAAGGUGUUCCGCUGCCUCCCGUCCUCUCUGGUGCGGAACAUGUCGGAGCUGGAGCACUACCAGUCCAAGCCCGGUCUCGCCCAGACGGACCUCACUCGGGCUCAGGAGGAGCUGCGCAAAAUCCGGGGCUUCCUGGUGCAAUUUCCUCUGGAUUUCCUGUCUGAGCAAAACCUUAUGCCCUCGGUCGGGACGAAGGAAGCCAUGGUGCCCACCGAGAUCUGGACGUAGGACGCAAAGGGACACCAGGCCACUCCUUGUAGACUGUUUUUGGAGGUGAUGGAACUCCUGAGCUUGGAUUUGGAGAAGCAUCCUCCUGAAGGAUUGCAACGGGGACCAUGGUAACACAACAUCAGCCCUAGGACACUAAAGACGUGUUGCUGUCCCAUCAUCCUGUGUCUGUGCUGCUUUGGAACUCCGGGAUGCCAUACUUGUUAGGAUGUGCAUCAUGUUGUCGCUUGCAUCGCGUCACCCCUGGAAUUCCUUUUCUUUGAGGACAAAAGCUAAAAAAGACCAACGGCAUAUAAGAGGCAUUCACACUUGUUUGGUUCAGAUGAAAGACACCCUGAUGGGUUUGCACUGCAAGGAGGUGGGUCUCCGUCCGCUUGCAAGUGGACUCUGGUGUGGUUUGGUAUAUUUUAGAAGCUUUUGGUGAAAUCUAAGCUGGCAAAUAUAGCAGACUGUAUAAACAACCUACAGUACAUAUUCAACCUAGCAGAUGGCAUUUUGGUUUGGAAUACUUGAGUUAAGUCACAUAAUUUGUCACAAAAGCUCAUGAAAAGUAUAUUUUAGAAGCUUUUGGGGAAUUCUAAGCUGGGGGAAAAAAAGCCGAAUAUAAAAAUAACCUGCAUAUUCAACCUAGCGCAGGGCAUUUUGAUUUGGAUUGUUUUAGUUAUGUCACGUAAUAUGCCACAAAAGAUCUUUAUAAGUAUGAUUUAAAAGCUUUUGGGGAAAUAUAAGAUGGUAAAAAUAGCAGAAUAUAAAAAUAUCCUCUGUAUUCAAUGCAGCAGAUGCUGUUAUGGUUUGAAAUACUUGAGGAACGUCACCUGAUAUGUUAUGACAACUCGUUUAAAGUAUAUUUUAGAAGGUUUUGGGGAAAUCUAAGAUGGUAAAAAUAGCACAACAUAAAAAUAACCUACGUAUCCAACCCAGCGGACAGCAUUUUAGUUUGGAAUACUUGAGUUACGUCACCUAGCAUCUCACGAAAGCUCUUUAAAAGUAUAUUUUAGAAGCUUUUGGGGAAUUCUAACCUAGGGGGGAAAGCAGAAUCUAAAAAUAACAUCCACACCCAACCUAGCGCAGGGCAUUUUGAUUUGUUUUAGCCAUGUCGCGUACUAUGUCACAAAAGCUCUUUUUAAAUAUAUUUUAGAAGCUUUUGGGGAAAUCUAAGAAGGUUAAAAACAGCAGAAUAUAAAAAUAACAUAUAUUCAACCUAGUGCAGGGCAUUUUGGUUUGGAACGUUUGAGUUACGUUGCAUAAUAUGUCACAAAGGCCCUUUUAUAAGUAUAUUUUAGAAGCUUUUGGUGAAAUAAAGCUGGUAAACAUAGCAGAAAAAUACAAAUAACCUGUUUUUCCAACCUAGCAGAUGCCAUUUUGGUUUGAAUAUGUGUUUCAGUUGUGUCAUGUAAGCUGUCCAAUCAAGUCCUUACUUUAAGUAUAUGUUUUUUACUGCACAGUCUUCAAGUGUGAAUGCAGCCGAAGAGGCCCGGGUGAGACAAUCGUCCUGGUCAAUUGAUCAUGUAAUACUACUUGUCGAGCAGCAGGCGGUGCUGGUUUCUUAAAAGUACAGUUGCUGCACAGUUAAGACUUGGCAGUGGAGCGUAAAAGCCACCAAACUAACAUUUUAACCACAAAAGACUCACUUUACCUGAACUAUUUUAUUAUUACUAUUGCUGUAAGUAGGUGCUCCGUUAGAUAUUUGCUAUAUUUUGUAUUAUGAGUGUAAUUUUAAGAGCUGUCACGGUGUCAUGAUUCAUCACUAGUUCCAUUUUAAUGUGAAUUUGAGCAACCACUUGUCUUGUGCUGAGAAACUAGCAUGCAGAAUGAAUAUUUUAAAUAUAUAUGAAACAUUCACGUGGACUUUGAAGAUGCUGGAUCGUGGGAGAAAUGGGUGAAAAUCCACAUUCAUUCAGACAAAAUGAACUUUAUACUUGCUGAAGCUUCAUUUACAUUUGUAUCUUUUUGGACCGGGACCAUGGAGUUGUUUUGCUGGUUUAACCCCACUGUACCCGUACCAGUAUUUCCACACCUUAUACUAAUCCUUUAACACUUAUUCACGUAUGUUUAUAUUUUAAGCCUUGUGUUUUCAUGAAGUACACAACGACUGCAUUUUGACUGUAAUCUUCAGUUUAGCAUCCGCUGUUAGUAGUUUUGUACAGGUGCAAUACACUAUCCUAUUUUCCACUAUAUGUUCAUUAAACUGUAAUUUAAAUGGCUGACAAAUAAAAUGAGCACUUGUUCACACCACAAAUAA